AUGGAGAAGUUCUCCCAGUUCCGCGAUAGAGGCUCCGGCAUAUCGCCGUUCAUCCCCAUCAAGACGCCGUCCUCCGCCCUCUCGAAGCUGCCGCACACCUUCCUCUUCCUCUUCCGCCUGCCCUUCUUCCUCACCUAUGUGCUGGCCUACUUCCUCGUCCUGCACCACCUGCCCCUGCCGGUCGUCGCCCGCAAAUUGCUCCUCUGGGGCAUCAUGGGCAUCCCGGGCAUCUGGUGGGUAGACCUGCAGAUCGACGGCGUCAAGCGCGGCUCGCUGUCCCAACAGCCCCCGGAGCGCGUCCCCCACCCCCGGUCCGUCAUCGCCGCCAGCUUCACCUCCCCCAUCGACGCCCUCUACCUCGCCGCCAUCUUCGACCCCGUCUUCACCGUCUCCUUCCCGGGCUCCCGCAAGGUCCAGCACAUCUCGCUGCUGCGCGCCGUCCUGCUCGCCCUCAGCCCCGCGCAGUUCGCCCCCGCCCCGUCCUCCAACCUGACCGACCUCCGCGCCCUGCUCGACAAGUACCCGGACCGCGUGGUCGCCGUCUUCCCCGAGUGCGGCACCACCAACGGCAAGGGCGUCCUGCCCUUCAGCCCCAGCCUGCUGGCCGUGCCCGCGGACGUCAAGAUCUUCCCCGUCAGCAUGCGCUACACGCCGCCCGACAUCACCACCCCCGUCCCCGGCGCGUACGGCAGCUUCCUGUGGAAGCUGCUCAGCCGCCCGACGCACUGCAUCCGCGUCCGCAUCGCCGAGGGCACGCUCAACACGUCCAAGGCGACGACGAACGGCGUCAGCGCGCACGUGGACCACGUGCCGAGCAUCCUGGGCGCGGAGUCGGCGGGCUCGGACGUCACGGAGGAGGAGCAGCGCGUCCUGGACAGGAUAGCGGAGGCGUUGGCCCGGCUGGGGAGAAACAAGAGGGUCGGCCUGACGCUGAAGGACAAGGCAGCGUUUGUCAAGGCGUGGAAGGGCAAGAAAUAG